GCUCCGCAGUCGGUGUCCAAGCUGUCAGAGAGGAAGCGGACCGAAGUGGACCUACUGGGGUUAAACAUCAGACCGGACCCCUCUGGAAUGAGGUCUGGCGUUUACAGAACCAGACGAGAUCAAUAACGAGAACCAUGGUGACCAAGAAAAUCCGGACGGAGUACAUGAAGAAGUUCAGGGAUCCCAAAUGGGAGACGUUCUCCAAAUGCUACGAGGACUCUCUGAAGUAUCGUCUGACCCGGCGGGUGAUGGAGCAUUCCCACAAGCCCUGGUUCUGGGAGGGUUGGGACAGCGUCUCGGACUCCAGCGGCUGGUCCACGCCGAGGCCGACCAGGAACAAAAUCGCCCCUCUGUCCCUCCCGGCGGCGCCGCCACCGCUGCCCACCUCAGAGGGGAAGCAGAGGCUGUCCAGCCCCGGGCCGAAACCGCCUCCGGAGGACGGAGAGACCGAGGUGGAAGCCGGUGAGGCGGCGGCCCGAGACGCUGCACCGGCUGCAGUUGUAGAAAACGGCGUGAAUGAAGCCAGCGGCGGUUCGAUGGCGGCGGCUCCAAACAGCGGACCCUCAGACGACACGGCGACAGACAACGGUCCCGCUGACACAACGUCUUCUGACGGGGAGCCGGUGAACCCGGUGCCCAAGCGACGCCACCGCCGCCGCACCCCUCGGUCCGAGCCGGGGAACCGGGACAGUUCCCACGACGACAAACCGGCUGUCGUCCGCAAACCGCCGAGAGCGAAGAGCCAACCACCGAUCAGCACCAAGGAGAACCGGCGGCCGUCCAGCAGACUGGACUGGACCGAGAGACAGACGGAGGUCAGGAGGACGCAGAAUGAAAGCAACACGUCGGACGCCUGCGUUCAGACCCGGCGGGAGUCCGACAAGCGGAGCUCCAACCUGGACCGCCGGCGGGCUCGGUCCGCCGACCUGGAGAAGAUGAGGUCGCAGCUGGCGGUGGUGGACGACCGCUGGAUGACGGAGUACAUGCGCUGCUUCUCCGCCCGGCUGAGGUAGAGACCGGGGAUCCAGCCAACCUCCCUCCCCCCCUCCGAGAGAAACCCCCCGAAACCGUUAUUGGGGAGCCGAGAACCAGACGGUGGAACGAGGGGGUCCGUGGUUAGUUCGGCUGAGAGGCGACCUGAAAGCCACGUUGUCUCGUUAAUUCAUCAAAGCAGAAACAUAAAGUGGGCAGAGCUUUAAUUUAACAGAAACAAUCACAUUUAAUCUCUUUUAUUUGGUCUGAAUGACUCUAAAAACUACAUUUCCCAUAAGCCUCAGCGGGUUUUUUUUAUGGAAAAGGGACCAGUUUACUCAGAAAUACAAAAAAAUGUUUAUUUAGACCAAUAUUUUAACAUCUGACAUAUAUAUAUAUCAGCCAAUAUUUUUACCUGAUGUAACCCCACCCACUUCACGUGGCGUCCUUUUAUGAUGACGAAGUAACGAGACGACGGGAGGUGUUUUCUUGUCGUUUCAGUGACGUUUUAAGAGUGAAUCGCUGCUGUGGAGAAUAAAAACACACUCUUGUUGAAUUAUAAUUCAUCCUGAUAUUAUUUCAAACUUCUCUUAACCUUUGCAUUAUUAAGACUUUAAUAUAAGACUGUUAACAUUUAGAAGAAGUGUGUUUUUCACCCGACAGCAGCGAUACAACAAUCAGUUCCAGAUGUGACGGACUGAAGUAUCUUUCUGUUUCUGGAGUUUGAUAAUGAACAAACUUUCAGAGAGUUAAUUAAAUUAUUUUUUUGUAAAAACAUCCAGAUCACAGUUUGAAUGUAUUUUAAUUUCUUUACUUCAAUUUUUAACACACAUUUAAGUUCAGUUCUCUUUCUCAAAGGCAGCUGUGUGUUUAUAACUUUUGAAUCAGAGGCAGCGGGAAAAAAAAGGACCAAACUGGAGUAUUUUUUAUAUCUGAGUGCUUUGGAUCUACAUAUUUGACUUUUUAGAUGAGAAUAAACUACAUUAGACACAAGAUUUAUCAAAUAAAAUUAGAAUUUAAGGUAUUUUCAGAGUAAAAUCUAUAUUUAAGCUGUGCUACCUUUAUAAUAAUGUCAGAUUUUAGUUUGUUUUUGCACUUCGAGAUGCAGCUUCUGCUUUAUAUUGAUUUUAAUCCCAAAUAAUCUGCAUACAUUAAAUGUAUAUUCCUUUAAUUCACCUGUAGGACCAACGAAUAAAAAACGUAACUUCUCGGGGCUGAUUAAGAUUAAAUAGGUUUUAAAUUAUAACGUUGUGAGUUUAAUUAAAGUGCAGCCUUGUAAUAUUGUUUAAUUUAUGUUGGUUAAAACAGCUAAAGCUUCGUUGUUUUUAUCAGAAAUCUUAAAAUCCUGCAGUUUUCUUAAUCGGGAGGCGAAUAAAUAAACACAUUAAUAAGCUUUUAUGAAACAAACGUUUAGGGGAAAGAGCAGAGGGACCAUUUAAAGCAUAAAAUGUUACGUAUUUAACAAGUGCAGCGGUUAUUAAAGGACCAGUGUGUUGGAUUUAGUGGUGUCUGACGGUGAAACUGCGGACUGUAGAUAAAAUCAGUUUGUGGUUCCCAAACUGAGGGGUCGGAGCCCCACUAGUGGUCGCCAAAGCUUCACAAGGGGGUCGCGAGGCCUUCUUGACUUUAAAAAUAUAUGCUGUAGGCCGAUAUCUCAGCAUUUUGUUCAUUUCUGUGAAGGAAACUGAAAGAAAUUGUUUGCUUAGACUGUUAAAAACAAAAAUACAGACAGAGAAUAUCAGGAAAAACUCAACAUCAACCGAUCAACAUUCACUGGAAAUAAUCUGCUCAAAAUUCAUCCAAAAUCGCUCGUUUUACACAAACUUCCUGUUGUGUUCACCGUUUGGGUUCAUUGUGCAGUUGAUCAGAUAUAUAAAAAUAUCCAUAAAAUAUGAUAGAAAACACAACAAUGAUUAUGCUCUAAUGAAAACAUACCUGUUAAUAUUAUAUUAUGCCUAUAAAUCCUCCUGAAUGUUGCACACUGGAGCUUUUUAGUCAGAAGUCAUGAACUCACUAAAUUGAUCACAAAACAGGAUUUUAGGUGUUUUAAUGACGUUAUAUUUUACAAAUUUAGUAUUUCGGUGGUUUCGUUUCCAGUGGUAAUAAACAAAAAUAACAUUUGUAUAGAAAUUAAUGUGCUGGGUGUAAAACAGUGAAAAGAUAAAUGAGUAUUUAAUUGGGUUGAAGUUGAGCCACAUCAAUAAUUUACUCCAAAAUAUAGAACCGUUAUUAAUUGUGAAUUAUAUUGAUCUGUAAAAAAAUACAUUUAUCACAUUUUUCAGCUUAAAACCCUGAAAUUAGUUUCAGUUUGUUGUUUAUAUAUAUUAAAAAAGGGAAUGUAGUUUAAACUUAAAAGUUUUAUUAGUCUGUUUGUCGUAAUUAAAGAUUGUAAACACACGGCGAUGUCAUCGUCGUGUCCCGUGACACUGACACCGAGGGCUAACGUUCACGAGAAAACUGAUUGUUUUUUUUAACACCGUCUGAACCUCGUCACUCUGAAUGUGCACAACUAUUUAUUUAUUUAUUUCUCACCAAUAUUUUAGAUGUUUCGUGCAUCAUUCGCCCCCAAAAUUCAGCCUCGUUAUCGUAACCGUUGACGUCUUCGGCUGAGAUUUAGAGUUUGAACGAUGUUUGGGGUUAUUAGAGAAGUAAAACGUGUAAUUUGAAUUAUGUUUUAAAGAGAUUUCUACGUUUAGAAAUAACCGUGAGACCUCAUCUUUCAAACAACCACGCAAAACUUAUAAAAAAAUAUCGUACUAUAACGUGAUAAUAAGACGACUUUGAGAAAAUGUCUCAGGUAGAAAGAUGCCGACGUUCAGAUUAAACUGUGCUGAAGUUGAAGUGGUUCGAAUGGUUUCUGUUUGUGGCGUUUAGAUUUAUUUCUCAGAACAUUCAGACAAUCACAGAAAAGUAUUUGUUCUGUUGUUGAGCAGAAAAUCUCAUAUUUAAGCUAAAAAAAAUAAAAUAAGCUAUUUUAAGUGAGCGCUGCUGGAGAAAGUGACUUAUCUGCUUGCUGUAUCUCAAGUUUGAGUUUGUUAAGAACAAGAUAUGAAAUGUGAAUCACACGUUUGAAUAUUUAAUCAUUUUCAACCUCGUUUACAUUUGUUUUUGGGAGUCACUGUAUUUGUAUUUGAAAACGUGCACAAUUAUAUAUUUUCAUCCACUUUGCUGUGAAUAAAAAUCAUAUUUGAA